CCGGAGAUUGCCCUCGCCGCCAAUCACAGCGGCUCGCACUCGAUGUCCCGCCCUGGGUGGUUGUCGAAGCCACCUCGCCAGACACCGCAGCCCAACCCGCCGUCGCAUUUUUCGCAGCCGACUCGACACGAUGCCCGACUGGAACUCCUACGGGGCACACUUGCUGCCCGAGGCCAAGAGUGCGCCUAUUCAUCCCAAGCAGAAGCGUACGCUACGAUUCUCCCGUCCCUCUUGUGUCUUAUUCGCGGAUUGCACAUCCACGAUCAAUCGGAUCUCUAGCUCUGCCAUGGCGGCCGAGCCCAUAUGUCUCUGGUCCAAUGCUCUGACCAGCUUUUCCAUUUACUCGCCCGACUGUCCUGCAUUGGCGUGUAUUGGCCUGAUUGCCGUCUGCCCCUUUGCUUAAACGGGCGGUGCGGGCUAACCGUCGCUGCAAUCGUCGAACAUCUCUCGCCGGCACGGCUCUGUGCAGCCGCAGUUCAAUACGAAUGGAGUCGAGGCGAUAAACCCCGGACGAACACAGUCACCCGGAGUAGCAUCGCAGAAAUGCCUCAAAACUCGAUCAAGUCGGGCGAGCCUGCCUCGGCUGCGGCGUCAAGCUCCAGUUCAGAGCGCCGCAAGGACAUAAUCAUUCACGUCUUUGAUGAGAACAGAAACGCCAAGCGGGACUUUUACUGCAAGCGCCAGCUUCUCUUUCGCGAAAUGAAGUACUUUUCAACAUACCUCAACGACCGCAACUCUACCGACCACAUCGACAUUGACGUCCACUGCGAUAUCGAAGUCUUUGAAUGGCUCAUGUCCUAUAUCACUCGACAGCGGCCCUCGCUUGAGCCAAGGACGGCAAUCAGUAUCCUGAUCAGCUCCAACUUUCUGCAAAUGCUGCCUUUGGAGGACAUUUGUCUCAAGUACCUGCAUGACCACAUCAAUGAGAUUGUCAAAGUCCCCAUCGAUAUGAGCUGCAUCAACAAAGGGCUCAUGAUCAAACUUGCCAGGUUGUUCUCGCUCGAGGAGCUUGGUCGCAUCAUCGAUCCGCGCGACAAGAUCUCAAGCCAGAUCUACUUUUACAAAACCUGCGAGGUGCUCGGAGACGAUCCCCGAUCCGUUCAGUUGUACUGCUGCAUGGUGUGCAAGAAGGUCUACCCAAAGUCGCUGCACAAAUCCAUCCGGUGCGACAAAGGGAGGAUCCUGGUGGACUACUUUGGCGAAAUCACGGCGGCACACACCCGAGAUCCAAACUUCAAUAUCAACGAGUACAUCGCCACCAUACACAGCCAGGACCCUAGCUGGAAGAAUAUCUUCUGGAGGAUUUGGAGCACGGUCAACCACCUAAAGUGCCAGUCAUGUGGCAGCCUAUUCCUCUGCGUCGACUUUCAGAACUGUCGCAAGCAUCUCCAGCGACCCCUGUAUUCCGGAAGCGACUCGACCGUUGGAACAUUUGGUUGCUGUGGGGCCACCGACUAUGCUUUCCAUCCGUUUCAUAUCUCGGAGGUAGGUCUGCGAAGCAUUCUGAGCCGCUUUGGUCGAGAGGAGGAAGAUACGAAUAGGGACACUCGCGACAGCGCAGGUCACAUCGGCAGCCCAUACACUUGAUCAGGCAAUACCAUGCGUGCCACCGAUGCGUGCC